AUGAAAAUCUCUAACUUCGGUCCCCAGCAGGACGGCAUCGACCAGCUCUCUGAAGAGCAUCGGCAAUUCCUUCUUCAGAGACAUGGAACAUUGGACCUGGAGCCAAUUCCCGACAUGACAGACGCAGACCCGUACAAUUGGUCGCAGAGAAAGAAAGUCGUCAACCUUAUUCUCGUUGCGUUCCACGCCAUGAUGGGAACCUUUACGGCGGCUGCGAUCAUGGCUGCCUUUGUUAACAUCGCUGAGGACCUCGACAUCGCGGUACAGACGGCCAGUUACCUCACCUCGCUGGUCAUCUGUAUUCUUGGUAUCGCUCCCCUGCUCUGGCGGCCGCUCUCACAACGGUACGGACGACGGCCGAUCUUCCUUAUCUCUUUGGUCUGCAGUCUGGUCGGAAACAUUGGCUGCGCCAAUGCUCACUCUUAUGGCACCAUGGGGCUGUGCCGUGCCAUCACGGCUUUCUUCAUCUGCCCCGCCGCCGCCAUAGGAUCUGGUGUCGUCGCCGAGACCUUCUUCCAGAACGAGAGGGCGAGGUACAUGGGUAUUUGGACCAUCAUGGUCACCCUUGGUGUCCCAGUCGCCCCUUUCAUCUUUGGCUUCGUCGCCCUGAGGGUUGGCUAUCGAUGGAUCUACUACAUUCUCGCCAUCACCAAUGCCGUGCAGUUUGUCCUCUACUUCUUCUUCGGCCCGGAGUCUCGCUACAUCCGCGGCGAGGCGGUCCCUGAGACAGAGAAGAACAAGUCCGACUUCAAGAAGCAGUACACUAGCUUCCGGCGCAUCGACAAGUCGCCCCUUACCGUCUAUGACUUUGUCGAGCCCCUCGCCCACGCCGCGCACCCGUGUGUCGUCAUCCCCGCCGUGGCCUAUUCGAUGGAGUUUCUGUGGACCAGCAUCAUGGUUACCGUCGAGAUUCCUCAGCUUUUCCCUGUGCUCUUCGGCUUCAACACGCAGCAAAACGGUCUGCAGAUGAUCGCUGUCAUCGUUGGCACCAUCAUCGGUGAACAGGUUGGAGGUCGCAUGUCGGAUCUGUGGAUGUCGAUGCGCCGCCGCAAGCUGGGUGGCCGCAACCCCGACCCUGAGUACCGCCUGUGGCUAAGCUACUUCGGCUUUGCACUGUGCAUCAUCGGCGUCGUGGUCUUCCUGGUGCAGCUGUACUAUGCCGGCACUACCUGGAACGUCACCCCCCUCAUUGGCGUCGGUAUCUGCUCUGCUGGCAACCAAAUCGUAACCACCGUACUGGUUACAUACGCCGUAGACUGCUAUCGAUCCGAUGCUGCCAGUGUUGGUGUUUUCAUCACCUUCGUCAGGCAGAUCUGGGGUUUCAUCGGACCAUUCUGGUUCCCUGAGCUGCUCGCUACCGUUGGUUAUCGCCAGAGCGCUGGCAUUGCAGUAGGCAUGAUGGUGGCUAUCUCCAUCAUCCCUGUGCUGGCUAUCCAGUGGAAGGGUCGCUCAUGGAGGUGA